CUCCCGAGUUGCCAUUUCGGGGGCUGGGCCCCAGGCCAGUUGGGAACAAUGGCCAAUGGAACUGGAGCUGCCAACUGCAACACCAGCUCAGACUGCCCCCACCAAGACCCCCAAAUUGCCUGCCCCCUCCUGCCUGGGAACUGCCCACCACCACCACCCUCACCACUCACGACCCAAUCCCAUCCAAGGAACAUCAAUGCCCCUUUCAUCCCCACUUGGCAGGGUCUAUUGGAAAGGAGGGCCCAAGAGGGAGGAGGUGACCCAGAGUAGAACCGGUCAGGAUCAAGCCCAGCUUUCAGCAGCCCCACAUCUAAAGGAUCUCCCCUAGAUCCCCCAAUUUGGAGCACCCAAGUUUUCCUCCAUUCCUUUCCCCCACUCCCUUCAUAACUAUUUACCCAGAAACUGGCACAGAAGCUGGGUACCCUGGCUCCUCUCCUAGUCCCCUCUCCCCUCUGGAUGUCAUAUUAACACUCUCCCGGACAAGGAAAAGCCUGCUGGAAUUGGGACUGUAGAUAAAGAUGCAUAAGACAGAAGAGAGAUUUCUCCAGCCCGACUGCAACUGGGGGAGAAAGAGAGCCUAGGGGGCCCUGAAGUUCGUUCAUCUGUAUGGUUUCCAGCCAGAGAAAAGGCCAAAGAGAAACCCCUUCUGAAAGAAGAAACAACACAUUUAGAAAAAACUGAAUAAAAUUAUAGCAUUACUUUAAAAGAAAAGUCGGGGGGUGGAAUUCCCUGGUGGUCCAGUGGUUACUCAGUGCCUUCACUGCCGGGGCCAGGUUCAAUUCCUGGUCGGGGAACUAAGUUCCCACAAGCCAUGCGACGCAGCCCAAAACAAACAAACAAAAAAGGAACAUCCUUGACCUGCACAGAAAAUUAUCUAGAGUCUGAGGCUCAACCUCACCCUGACCCACCCAGAUGUGUGACCCUCCAAGGCCCGUGCUCUUUCCACGUGGGGCCCAACUUUGGAAGCCACUUAAGCUCCUAUUACACCUGGUCUGCCAAACCCAGCGGGAUUCUCCAUGUUGGUCACGAACCUGGGCCUGGAGACUAGAAAACAGGACAAUGUUGGACUGAUGUCAACCUGUUUCCAUUAACUCCUUCCCUGAGCUCUCCUCAGCUUUUGUUGAGGGACAGAGCAUAAGGCAAUUUGAUCAAGACCCAGAGGACUGGGUCAAGCGGGGCUGAAACCAUGAGGGAAGCUUGAUCACCUGCAGAGAUCAGGAGGUUGGCAACAUGCUCAAUGCAGCAUGCAAGUUGACCAUGGCGUCAGAAGCAGAAAGAACAUUCCAGCGGUUUGCUGUCUUUGGAGGAUCGUCAAGCAGUGGCACUGAAAUGAACAACAGGAACUUCUCCAAGCUGUGCAAAGACUGUGGCAUCAUGGAUGACAAGAAGGUCACCUCCACUGACGUGGACAUCGUGUUCAGCAAAGUCAAGGCCAAGAAUGCCCGAACCAUCACUUUCCAACAGUUCCAGGAAGCAAUGAAAGAACUGGGCCAGAAGCAGUUCAAGGGGAAAAGCCCGGAUGAAGCCCUGGAGAACAUUUAUAAACUCAUGGAGGGCAAGGAGCCAGCUACCACCGGUGUUACUAAAGCAGUGACGGUGGGAGGGGUGAGCCACCUGACGGACACCAGCAAGUACACGGGCACCCACAAGGAGCGCUUUGACCAGAGCGGCAAGGGCAAAGGCAUCGCGGGACGCGAGGACGUGACUGACAACUCAGGCUACGUGAGUGGCUACAAGGGUGCUGGCACCUAUGAUAAGAAGGGCAGCAACUAGGGAGUAGCGUCAUCUUAGCCUGCCGGCCCUCGACCCUGCAUCUUUAACACCGGGAAGCUUGGGGGACAAUAAACAUCUGUGUGUGCAGCAGCUCAUGGGCUCUGUUUUCCACCAGGGUGAGGGAAGAGGGGCCCCUUGGUGCAGAGACAGAGAGAGGAGCUGAGAAACCCAAGGAUGGGUGUUCUCAGCACCACCCCCUUUACUCUACUUGGCCUCCCCACCAUUAGGUAGCAUCCCCUUCAACAGCAGCUUCUAAGAACACGGCUGAGGAAUAUAUUUGGAGAUAAGAGAGAAGCUAGAUGUGGAGGCAAAAGUAUUUGCUACUUGUGUUCACAUAAUACUGAUAUCCAUCCCCUUCGACCUGCCAAAGGGGAGUAGAAAUUCCUGAUUGGAGCUAGUAGGACCCAGGUAUUAGCAACUAGACCCUUCCCGGUCCCUCCACCUUCCUAAUCUGUUGCAAUCCAUGUUUUGUUUGGGGAGAAAUAGAAACCAGAGAGGGUGGGCCAAAGAUCUACUUAGCCUAACUCCUGUUAUGAGUUUAUUCUAGAGCUGAUGGGGAGGGAGAAUCCAUUUUCAACACCCAGCCUGGAAGUGAGUUUUACCCCACCCCACCUCCAUCAUGGUAGACAUGGAAUGGAAGAUCCUACUGACUGCCAAGGGUAGCCCAGGAAGAUGGCCAGAGGUGGGUGGCCUCCAGGACUCUGAGAGUAGGAGUUCUGGUGCACUGAGGAAAAAGGAAUGAAAUCAGAACUAAUUCAGAUGUGUUUUUUUAUCUUUUUAUUUUGCAGUGAUUCACAGGCAGAUGCAAAAAGUACAGACAGGUCCCAUGUACCCUUCAUCCAGUUUCAUCCAAUGGUUAUAUCUUACAUAAUUCAGAUAUGGUUUUAAAUCCUUCUGUGACUACAGCUGGGCCCACUUCACCCCUGCCUUGUCAGAGGCAGAUUCUGGAGUUUGGGGGAUGUUAGGAGGAGGUUGGGAAAUAAAAGGAUGCAGGAAUCUGGGGGGAAUAGGUCAGAGAAGAUAAUUUGGAAAUCCAGUGAACCAAGCUGAGACGGAUGGAAGGAAAAGAGGUCAGAGAAGAAUAAAGGGUGACUAAAGAGGUUGGGUGUGUAGGGAAGAGACUGCAAUGGGCUCCGUGGUGGAAGGAGGACAGAAAGGACAGGUUACAUGAAAAGGAAAUCAGUGAUUCCAUAGAGAGGAACAGACUGAGAGCUCGGGGGAGGGAGCGUGGCCUGGAGAAAUGAAGCUAAUAUGACUCUAAGACGCUCAGGGAGGUUCCUAUAGCUGGAGAUACCUACCAUGUGGGUGAGGGAGUAGAGGGAAUCAUAAGGGAAAUGGGGAAGACUGAGAAGGGAAGGGUGGCAGGGAAGGGGAUUUGAGACUCGGAACUGGUACCAUGGUGUGAGCUGAGGCUCUGGGCCUCCAGCCACGAUACAGGAUCUGGCCCAGUAGAUGGACUGUCACUGCCAACUGGACACAGUCAGCUUCUUGGGUGGGUGAAACUGUCUGUGAGAGAGGGAGGGUGGUGGCAGGAGUGAUAGGGGGAGAUAAACAAGUUAGAAAGAGCCUAGAAGACAGUACAAAUUUGCAUGGUGACCAAAGCUCUGGACAUAUUUCCUAUCUCCCUGGUCUCUUGGGAGGGGAUCCUGCCUACAUCUGAAGCCAGGAAGGAAGCCUUGUACCAGGGAUCAGAGCUUCAGGAGUGGGGACAGGCUGGUCUGUAGCGGCAGUAGGGGGGGCUAGUUCAGACUUAACAUGUCCCAUCCCUAGUAGAGACCCAUGAUAUCUAUCGGUUCAGCAUCAUACUUUUGGGAGCAGAGCAGAUAGAGCCUUUGGUCGGUUAGGGUGCUGGUGUAGUGGCAGCUGGUGGGUGGCUGCUUGGAGCUCAGGGAGCAGAUUGUGAGGGGGAAGGAGUCCUGGGUGACUGUACAAUAUUCAUUGUAAUUCUCACAGAAGCUCUCGCUGUACUUGCAAAACUUCUUGAUGGCUGUCCACGGGGCAUGUAAGACAUAAUGGAUCUUUGGGCAAUACCAGCUUUGUUGUCUGCCCCAUACAUAGGACAUCAGACCAUUACAGUAGCCCCGGAAACGCUUUGCGUAGUUAACCUUGGGAUAGUCGAUAUGUAAGGUACGGAAGUUCGUGAUAGCGAGCUGUAGCUGGAUGUUUUCGACCAAAGCUGGCUCUAGAACAAGCCGGAGGAACAGGAGCUGGACCACACGGGGUGCCAUUCUUCCUGCUGGCAGAGUUAAGGUGGUUGGAAGCAGAGGUGGGUCUCGAGUGGCUCUCCGCCCCUUCCCAGAGCUUCCAGUGUGCCCCCAGUCUCCCCCAUGUGCCUUCCCCUAUGCCCUCAAAGCCGGACUGUCCUUCAGAGAUCAUCCGGCCCAAGUCUUCGUGCCUCAGAGAGAGGAGACAUUUGCCCAAGGUCACCCAUCUGGUCAGCCACCUCUAGCUUGGUCUACUUUAGGGUCUCAGCCUCACCCAGUCCGGGAGCUGUAACACUUACGAAAUACGAGGUCCAACUGGUCCUUGGGUGAGAGACGCUUCCCGUUUAUCCCUGGCCCAGUUAAUCCUUCUGGUAAAAAUGCAGAAAUUCCAGAAGGGACAGGCUCAGCUACACUUCUCUGACUGAAGUGGAAGGACGGGAGCUGGAGGACAGCAGGGCAGGGGUGGGAUUCUUCCUUCCUGAGGCCAAGGACAGCCCAAAGGUAAGA